UUUCAUUUUCAUUUUCUUGAUUUUUGCGAGUCAGAGUGUUUCUCUGUACUAUAAUAAUUGCAGAGAGAGAGAGAGAGGGACCGAAAGAGCUUUCACACACACUAAGGCACACAGACCACGCAUUUACAGUGAGUCAAUAGUCAAAAAAGCCAUUACAGCAAAAGAGCAUUUUCAGAAGCUUCCUUUUUCUGCUCCAGAUUUGCUCCAAACCAAAGUACAAACACUUCAUUAGUUUCAAAGCAAAAUCAGACCCAUUUCUGAUCCUUCACUGAGGUUCUUUGAGUUUUGUGGGAUUUUAAAGACUCGUGUUUGAGAGGAUUUCGAAUACGAGGGUUUCCAUUACCUGGACGAUCAUCCACGGAGACUAGACGGCAUGCUAUGUUUCAGUGGCUACGUAAAAGCGGGCUCUCUCUUCGUAUGCAUGAAUUGAUAUGAUAUGGAGAUGGACCUGCUUAUUGGAGUCUUGCUGUUCACGUGUUUAACUACUUUUGUAUCUCCUGAUGGGCAAGGAGACGCAUUGUUUGCUUUGAGGACUUCACUCAAGGCUUCCAACAAUCAGCUUACGGAUUGGAAUCAGAAUCAAGUUAACCCAUGCACGUGGUCCAAAGUUAUAUGCGACAGUAGUAACAAUGUGACAACGGUGACAUUGUCUAAUAUGGGAUUUUCUGGAACCUUGUCACCAAAAACAGGGAAUUUGAAGGCACUGACUACACUUCAGUUACAAGGAAAUGGCAUAACUGGUAAGAUACCUGAAGAGUUUGGAAAUUUGACGAGCUUGACAAUGUUGGAUCUCGAAAAUAAUAAUUUAACUGGAGAAAUACCAUCUUCCCUUGGCAAUCUCGGGAGGCUCACAUUUUUGAUUUUAAGUCAAAACAAUCUCUCCGGCCCAAUUCCUGAAUCACUUGCAAGUCUUUCAAACUUGGUUAACCUACAACUUGCUUCUAACAGUCUGAGUGGAGAAAUCCCCGACCAGUUAUUUAAGAUCUCCAAGUAUAAUUUUACAGGAAAUCGAUUGAACUGUGGUGGCAUCAAUUCUGCCCAUAGUUGUGCCUCUGAAAAUGGAGGUCGUUCGAGUAAAUCAAAGACUGGCAUGAUAAUUGGGAUCGUUGUUGCCCUCUUUGCUAUUAUUCUUCUCGGAGGUUUACUACUGUUAUUCUUGUGGAAGGGUAGGCAUAAAGGCUACAGGCGUGAAGUUUUUGUCGAUGUUGCAGGUGAAGUUGACCGGAGAAUUGAGUUCGGUCAGUUGAAGAGAUUUGCGUGGAGAGAGUUGCAGAUUGCUACGGACAGUUUCAGCGAGAAAAACGUCCUGGGACAGGGGGGUUUUGGAAAAGUUUACAAAGGUGUCCUUCCCGAUAAUACAAAGGUUGCUGUCAAACGGUUAACUGACUUCGAGAGUCCAGGCGGAGAUACGGCAUUCCAGCGCGAAGUCGAGAUGAUCAGUGUGGCUGUUCACAGAAAUCUUCUCCGACUGAUUGGCUUCUGCACCACGCCGACUGAACGCCUUCUGGUUUACCCUUUUAUGCAAAACUUGAGUGUUGCCUCUCGUCUCCGAGAGCUUAAACCUGGGGAUCCCGUUUUAGACUGGCCGAGCAGAAAAAGGGUGGCGCUGGGCACGGCACGUGGGCUAGAGUACUUGCACGAGCAUUGUAAUCCCAAAAUCAUCCACCGAGAUGUUAAAGCUGCAAAUGUGUUGCUCGAUGAACAUUUUGAGGCCGUUGUUGGUGAUUUCGGGUUGGCAAAGCUCGUUGAUGUGAGAAAAACCAAUGUAACGACACAGGUUCGUGGGACAAUGGGCCACAUAGCUCCUGAAUACCUGUCCACUGGAAAAUCAUCAGAAAAGACGGACGUGUUUGGAUACGGCAUCAUGCUUCUGGAGAUUGUCACCGGGCAACGAGCUAUAGAUUUCUCGCGUUUGGAAGAAGAAGACGAUGUCUUACUGCUCGACCAUGUCAAGAAACUGCAGCGGGAGAAACGACUGGAUGCUAUUGUGGAUCGAAACCUGAAUAGAAACUACAACAUUCAAGAAGUCGAGAUGAUGAUUCAGGUUGCGCUACUGUGCACUCAGGGAUCACCGGAGGACCGGCCAGCAAUGUCGGAAGUCGUUCGUAUGCUGGAAGGGGAAGGCCUUGCAGAGAGAUGGGAGGAGUGGCAGCACGUUGAGGUCACAAGGAGGCAAGAAUACGAGAGGCUGCAAAGAAGAUUCGACUGGGGGGAAGAUUCGAUCUACAACCAGGAUGCCAUCGAGCUUUCUGGGGGACGAUAAGGUAAACUCAUACGUACAAGUUAUGUGCAUUCAUAUUUCUAGCUCUUGUGGUUGGCCUAUUUCGUGUUGCGUUUAUUGCCCUUGUGUUUCAUUGUAUUGUAUGGCCGUGUUGAUUUCACCGAAGGUGAGGCGGGGUUUAAGCGUCCCGCGAGUGUGUUGCUGGAAGGGCUUCUUUGCCUUAUAUAUAUUAUCUUUGAUUUAGAAUUGAAAAGUCUGUUAUCAUGUAUUUGUGUUGUACUAGUGUGAUAUCUUUAUAUAGUUGUUAUAUGCAUAAAUACAUGUAUAUGAAAAGGAUUGCAGGAUUUAUGAAUUCAUCAACAUUUUUUGUAUGUAUUAUACUGGGAUAUUGGGUUUUAGCCUAUGUACUGUUUUGUUGGUGCAGAAUAGCAGAAUUGGAAGUGAAAGUGUUUCCUUUUGCUUCAAA